AUGAAUAGAUGGGUGUUUAUGGUGUGGGUUUUUUUUUUUUUUUUGGAAGAAUUUAAAUUUAAACAAAUGAGUCAUAUUUUAAAUGAUUGUAGUUAUUUAUAUAACCAGAUUAAAAAAAAAACUAGAUAUAUAAAUGCAUAUUUAGAAAGAAAUAAAAUAAUAUCAUUGAAGAAAGGGAAAAGCAAACAAAAAAAAAUAAAUAGUCUAAAUACACAUUUACAUUCCUCUCUAUAUAGUAAUCCACAUAAUGAUAUAAAAAAGGAAGUACAAAUAUAUGAAAUAUUAAAUAAUGCAAUUAAAAAUGUCGUAAAAAAAGUAAUAAAAAAUGAAAAUUUAUUGAUACCAAAACAAUACUUAUUAGAAUAUAAUAAACUUUAUGAUGAUUAUGAAUAUCAAUCAGGAAUAAUUAUGUUUAUUGAUAAAGAUAUUCGUGAUGGUGUUUCUAUUAAUGGAAGUGAGAAUGAGCAUAAACAUUUUCGACAAAAAAUAAUCGAAUCCUUGAAAAACGAAUGCUCUGAUAUAAUUGAUGAUAUACGAUUAUCUCAAAACGGUAUAUUAAAUAUAAGGGUAAAAGAUGAAUAUAUAAAAAGAAGAUUUUAUGAAUUUCAUACUCAAUUAAAUGAAAAUAAACAAAAUGAUCAAAUAAAAACAGACGAAAAAAAAAAUGUAGUUGUGUUAGAUUAUUGUGGAGUUAAUAUGGCAAAGCAUAUGCAUGUUGGUCAUUUAAAAUCAUUAUUUUUAGGAUAUGCAUUAAAUAAUAUUUUUGAUUAUUUUAAUUUUAAUGUAAAAAGUCGAAAUCAUAUUGGGAAUUGGAAUUCUAAUAUAGCAAUGGUCAUAACUUUUUUUAUUUUUUUUUUGUCUGAAAAUUGGUGUAAUCAAUUUGUUAUUAAUUCAUCUUCUUUAUUACAAAAUUCAGAAAAUAUUAAAACGAAUAAUAAUUGCUUUUCUGAUAUUUUUGUAGAAAAAAAUGAAAAUUUUCAAAUUGUUAAAAAGUAUUUGGAUAUUUUAAAUAAUUUGAAAGAAAACAAUUUUUAUGAUAAUUAUGAAAAAUUUAACAUAAACAAAAUAGAAAAUAUAAAUUUAGAUAAUAUUGAUAAUGCAUAUAAAAUAUCUAAAGAACUGUAUUCUAUUAAUACCUUGUUUCAAAAAUGUACUAAACAUAUUUUAUCUUUAAUGUAUAAAUAUGAUGAUAAAACUAUACAAUUAUGGAAUGUUCUUUGUGAUAAAACAAGAAAAGAAAAUGAUGAGAUUCUUCGAAUAUUCAAGAUUCAUAAACUAAUCGAAAAAGGGGAAGAUUUUUAUGUGAAAUAUGUUCCUAAAGUUUUAGAAGAAAUGGAAAAAAAAAAGAUUCUUUUUAAAUUUGGAAAUAAAUUAUGUGUACUUUUUAAAAAAAAAAAAAAUUUAGAGAUCGAAAAAACUAAAAUAAAUUGCAAUGAUAAAGAUUAUUAUGAAGUUGUACAAGUACAAGAUAAAAUUUAUGACGAUUUAAAAAAUGGAGAUAUAAAUAUUUUGAAAAAAAAUUAUCAUAUUUUAACUUUAAAAAAUGAUAUAGCUUAUACAUAUGCAGGUAUAGAUUUAGCUUCUAUAUAUUAUAGAGUGUAUUUUGAAAAAGCUGAUAAAAUAAUUUAUGUUGUAGAUGAAAAUCAAAAGAAUCAUUUUAUGCAAAUUUUUUCAAUAUACAAAAAUAUGAACAUGUUUUCUAAAGACGUAGAAUAUAAAUGUAUAUGUUAUGGUUUUGUCUUAAAUAAUGAAAAAAAAAAAAUUAAAACAAAAAAUUUUACUAACAACACUUUUGUUAAAGAUGUAAUACAAAAUUUACAACAGAUUGAAGAAAAGAAAAUAAAAAAAAACGAUGAAAAUGAAUAUAACGAAAACUGUUAUGAUGAUAAUAAUGAAGGGAAGUUUAUAUAUAACAAGAGAUAUUACACAAAAAAAAAUUAUAAAAAUUUAUUAUUGUCUUCCAUAGUUUAUUCUUAUAUUAGUGUUAAAAAUUGCAAAAGACAAACAAUAAAUAAUUUAAUUAACUCUUAUAAUUUUGAAUAUAUAUAUAUUAUUAAUAAUUAUAAUGAUAUAUACUUUAUUUUGGGAAAUUUAAAAAAGUCCGAUUAUUCAUUUAUAUAUGAAGAAAAAUAUUAUAUUAAUAUGGAUUACCGAUUAAAAAAAUUGUUAUUAGAUAUUAUGAAUUUUAAAAAUAUUUUAAAAAAUGUAAUUUAUAAUUAUAAUGUUGAUAAAUUAUGUUCUUACUUAUUUAGUUUGUCACAAAAAACUCAUCAUUUUGCUCGUGAUAGUUUUAAUAAAAAUUUUCUUCACAAUUUUGAAGAAAAAAACAUUCAUAAAUUUUUAAACUUUAUUAAAAAUAUCAGCAAAGAAAAAAUAGCUAAUACUAUUAUUAAUCUAGAAAAAAAAAAAUACGAUAUAUUCGAUGAUGAAAAAAUAACAUAUUUAAAUUUAUUUAUAAAUUUUAUUAAAAGUGAUAAAGAUCACAAUCCUACAAUUAAUAAAAUAAAUAGCUUUUCUAAAGAUGAGCUAAACAAAAUUAUGUCUUUUUUUUUAAAUAAAACAUUUGAAAUAAUUGUUAUGCAAUCAUAUUUAUUUAUAGUUUCGGAAAUAUUUGAUAUUCUGAAUCUUUAUUUAGUGAAGUUUGAUACCCCGGAAAUUAUUAAAUAG